GGCGAAGGGCAGUGAAGGGAGACGGCCAUUUUGCAAGAUGCUCAGCACCCGCGCUUUGACCCGCUCGCUCCGCGCCCCGGCGUACGCCCGCUUCGCCAGCUCCGUGCGCUCGGAGACCGACUCGAUCGGCGCCGUUGACGUCGACGCCUCCAAGUACUGGGGCGCGCAGACGCAGCGCUCGCUGCAGAACUUCCCCAUUGGCGGUGGCCGCGAGCGCAUGCCGAUGCCGGUCAUCAAGGCCAUGGGCAUCGUCAAGAAGUGUGCUGCCAAGUACAACCUCAAGCUCGGCAAGCUUGAUGCGGCGGUCGCGGAGAACAUCAUCAAGGCCGCCGACGACGUCAUCUCGGGCAAGCUCGACGACCACUUCCCGCUCGUUGUCUUCCAGACCGGCUCGGGCACGCAGUCCAACAUGAACACGAACGAGGUGAUUUCGAACCGCGCGAUCGAGUACAUGGGCGGCGAGCUCGGCUCCAAGAAGCCGGUGCACCCGAACGACCACGUCAACAUGGGCCAGUCCUCGAACGACUCGUUCCCGACCGCGAUGCACAUUGCGGCGGUCAUGGAGAUCCACCGCGUGCUCCUCCCGGGCCUCCACAAGCUCCACGACGCGCUUGACGUCAAGGUUAAGGAGUUUGAUGGCAUCAUCAAGAUUGGCCGCACGCACACGCAGGACGCGACGCCGCUCACGCUCGGCCAAGAGUUCUCGGGCUACCGCGAGCAGAUCGCGUACUCGAUCAAGCGCGUCGAGGCCGUCCUCCCCAACUUGUACAAGCUGGCGCUCGGCGGCACGGCCGUCGGCACGGGCCUCAACACGACCAAGGGCUACGACAAGGAAAUCGCGGCCAUCAUCGCGGCCGAGACGGGCUUUCCGUUCGUGACGGCGCCCAACAAGUUUGAGGCGCUCGCGGCCAACGACGCGGUCGUCGAGGCCAGCGGUGCCAUGAACACGAUUGCGUGCUCGCUCAUGAAGAUCGCCAACGACAUCCGCUUCCUCGGGUCGGGCCCGCGCUCGGGUCUUGGCGAGCUCAACUUGCCCGCGAACGAGCCGGGCUCGAGCAUCAUGCCCGGCAAGGUCAACCCGACGCAGUGCGAAGCCAUCACGAUGGUGUGCGCGCAGGUCAUUGGCAACCACGUUGCGGUCACGGUCGGCGGCUCGAACGGCCACUUUGAGCUCAACGUCUUCAAGCCCGUCAUGAUCUCCAACUUGAUCUCGUCCGUGCGCCUCAUUGGUGACAGCUGCGCCGCCUUCACCGACAACUGCGUCGUCGGCAUUGAAGCCAACCUCGACACGAUCGACCGCCUCAUGAAGAACUCGCUCAUGCUCGUGACGGCGCUCAACUCGCACAUUGGCUACGACAACGCGUCCAAGGUCGCCAAGAAGGCCCACAAGGAGGGCACGACGCUCAAGGAAGCCGUCGUCGAGCUCGGCUUGCUCACGGCCGAAGAGUUUGACCGCUACGUCCGCCCCGAAGACAUGAUUGGCCCCAAGUAAGCCAAUUACGAGACGCUACAGUUGACCGUUGGUGUGGUGCGGAUAUUGUUGUGGUGGUGGCCGGCAAAGUUUAGUUAGUCGAGCGGCAGGUCUUAGUCGAUCCUAGUUGCACUUGGCG